UAUGUCAGAGGAGGAUUGGAGAGCGAUUCGACGGUUGUUUGGAUAGGGAGGGAGUGGUUCCCUUUUACCGGUAGUCCGGUGCUUUCGGUUUUACGAGUCCAGUGUGUUUCGCCACCCGAGAUACCCGCGUGCCUUGCGUUCUAGCGCGAAGUGACCGAUAACCAAAUAACCUGAUAAAGGAAAAGGCGAAUAUGUCGGCGCAAAGGGGGAUGUUCGUGAACAAACAGUUCAACUCUCCAAUAAAUUUGUACUCGCCGCAAGCGAUACAGGAAACUUUGGACAGGAAAACUCAAGUUUUGGCUAACGGUGCUGUCGGAAUCGACUUCAAUCAGUUAGCCAAGCCGACGAAUUUACAAAACAGUGCGGUUCUACGGAUGCUCGAGGAGGAAGAGGCUAGGCAACGAAGCGGUCAGCCGAGUCUGAAACGAGUGGCUUGGCCACCUCCUCCGGAGGAUCAGGACUUUGACUUUGUGGAACAAGGACCCGUGCAAGCGAAGACCCGUGGAAUAGGUGAUCGCGCCUCGUACCAGAGCAGUCCCUCGUCAGGUUCGUCGCCUCAGCCGGCGUCGACGAUCGCUCGUUCGUCGACUCAGGGCGCUGUUCCAUCGUCUCCGUCGUCGAUUAGCCCUGCUGGAACUCUGCGACAGCCUUCUUCUCACUUCCAACACCAACCUGUGCCGAAGGGCUGGGCGCCGGUAACGCCCCCUGCUACUUCUCCGAUAUCGCCACAACCGAUUCAACCGGUUUCCUGGUCGGGACAACAGAAUCACCAUCCGCAGCAACACCCUCAGGAUAGUUACUCGUCACAGCGACAACCGCAACUUCAAACAGCCCCUGCUCCAUUCGAACCACCACCCUCCACCAUCACACUUCGCCCGGAGCCUCCAAUUUCACAGGCACCAGCGCCCGUUUACCAAGCUCAACCUGCCGCAACAAAGGCUCCAGUCAGUGGAAACAUGAGGGGAGACUUGAAAUGGCCACCGCCGUCGGUGAAAGCUCAAACAGAAGCGGAAAACAGAGCCAGGAUGGAAUUGGCGAGAGGACCUGCCGUCAGACCUCGAAGAAUAAAAAAGGAUUAUAGCGGUUUCUUUGCCCAGCACGCCUUGAACUGUUCGUACCCUGGCUAUCGAGCUCCACCAGGCACCCAAUACUUUACCCCAGCCUAUCAACAUUAGCGAAUCUAUUCAAUAGUUGUUUACUUCUCUCUCUAUCUAUUUAUCUAUCUAUCUAUCUCUGGAAACGUCGUCCUGGGCUUGAUUUUUGAUCUCUUGUUGGAAAUUAACCUAGGAAUAUCCAUCUUUACGAGGAUGUCGUCCCGAUACAUAGAAAUCGCUCAGGACUGUUCUCGUUGGAUUUCGAAAUUUGUGCACUGAAAGCACAGAGUAACGUAAUGUACUCUGCGCCCAGAGUGAAACGAUGGAUCGAUCGAAUAUUUUUUUUUCUCUAGGACUCGAGACUGUACACGGAUUGUGUUUUCGCUUUUCCAGUUCUCGGUCCGAAUUGGCACGAUGCUUUCACGAGACAAGAUAAACAUCUUCAUUAGGAUUUCGAAUUUCAACGUAACUUGUAUAUACUGAGACUGACAAUUGCUUUUUAUCCUCGUCACUUUCAUAUAAACGUAAAAUCAAGCGUUGGAUGAAUUGCAUAGUUGUUGGAAACAUUAGGGCAAAAUGUUUCGAGAACCCAAAUCUUACAUCGCGGAUCGGGUGACUUUUCAGUCAAAUUUUUACACUUAUUCUUUCAGAUACACCCCUGAGAGUUAGGUUUCAACCCACCUUUAGUAAAAUGCUGAUCAAUAGCGUAGCUCUAAGUAAUAUUUAACGCGAAACGUUAACGUACGAAUAAAAAAACUAAUGCUUCUGACAAAAGCUUUUUAUCUCGUGAAAGAGUGGUAAACACUGACAUGUUGAGUAGUAGCGAAAUAAGAAACGAAUAAGAAAGAUCGAAUGAAAAUCGAACAAAAAUGUUGCGAAACAUUAAGACGAACACGUCCCAAUGUAAACAUUUUUGUAAAACGAUUGAACGACCACGUGUCUAUCAAAUAACGUAACUUUGUAAUAAUGUAACAUAUUGAUGUGUAUAAAUAAAGGAUAUUUACAAAUUUAAA